AUGGGGCAAUCCAUGCUAGGCUGGAAAGCGGACGACUUCUUCGUCGCCGUCAAGACGCAUCUGGACUCCCUUGAUCUCGAUCUCCUCAAUGAGGCAUGCAAAUCGUUCCAGCAUAUGACAGAAGUGGCCACACAGAAGCUCAGUCUGAUUGAUGUCAAUCUUUCUCAUCAAGCCCUCAAAUCUGUUCAGCGUACAAGCAACCUCGCAGCUGGCAAGUUGAUACAACUCAACACCAACCACUUCGAUGAUGUUCUCACGGCCGUGCAUCAGAUGGUCGACAACAUCACACUGGCCACAUGGACAAUUCCCAAUGCCUUUGCGGUAUUCAUGUAUGUCUUGCUGUUUACUGGAUUGGUCAUCAUUCUGGCUGCUUGCAUGCUACGCAUCAUGAGAAACCUGGACAAGCGUGCAAACAAGGUAUCUGCCAGUGUACAAACUCUCAGCACUGAGAUCACAAGCCUGGCAAACCUCGGUCAUCAACGCAUGUUUGCUGAAGCGGUGUACAACUUGGUUGCACUGAACGUCUUGCAACAGUACAUGUAUCCUGACGAUUAUCCUGUCGGAGCGAAGACCAAUGAAACUCAAUACGUUGUUUUCCACCCAUCGUCCGAUUGGCAUCCCAGCUUCUCCGCACAUGCUACCGGAGGUUGGGUCGAAGACGAGACCAUGGAUGAGGGCAAGGAGGACCAGGACCAUAUCAUCAAAAGAAUACAUCUUNUCAACAGCCCCCAAAAACUGGCAACAUACCUCGACGGCUCCGCCAACUCUCAAGUCAAGGAAGACCCUCGAGUCCAGCCGCUCACGUACAUCCUCCUACCUUCGACUCACACAUACACUCUUCCUUUCACGCUGCACGUACCUCAGCAGUUCCAGCAUGUGAGAGUCGUUGGCCAGACUGAUCGCAGCGGCAAACCAUACUGUCGUGCUUGUGUCAUCGGAGUUGAUCCAUCGAAUGUCAUUGAUGUCGACUUGUUGGCUGAACACGAGGCUCCCGACUACACGCCAAGUGAAUCUGCUUUCGACAAGCGUCUCUACCCCCUUCUCGGGCUUGUCAUUGCACUUCUCUGGUUCAAGGAGCAGCUCAGCCAUUUGUUUGACUUUCUGGGAGGUGUUGCGUGGGAUUGGUGUGGAUGCUUGCUUUGGCCUUACUGA